AUGGGAGAUUUGAUGAAAAGACAAUUAAAUGUGCUAGACUUGUCUGGGCACAAUUAUCUGGAAUGGACUGUUGAUGCACAGAUGAACUUAAAGGCCCAAGGACUGGAUCAUACCAUAAAAGAUAUAAUGGUUCCAGGCACCACAGAAAUCAAAACUGCCACCGAGCAGGAAAAGGCCAAAGCCACAGUCCUCAUAAGGCAUCAUUUACAUGAUAGCCUGAAAACUGAAUAUCUGAUGGUGGAGAAUCCCAAAGAGUUGUGGGAUAGUCUUAAAGAAAGAUAUGGACACCAUAAAAGGGUGCUCCUGCCAAAGGCUCAAUUUGACUGGACUAAUCUGAGGUUCCAGGAUUUUAAAUGUGUUAGUGAAUAUAAUUCCACGUUAUUCAAAAUUGUAUCAUUGCUGAGAUACUGUGAUCAAGCGGUCACAGAAGAUCAAAUGAUAGAGAAAACCCUCUCCACCUUUCAUGCGAAUAAUAUUCUAUUGCAACAGCAAUACCGAGAGAGGGGCUUUAAGAGAUAUUCUGAGCUGAUUUCUCUAUUGUUGGUUGCUGAACAGAAUAAUGAUCUUCUGUUAAAGAACCAUAAUCUUAGACCAACUGGGUCUAUGGCAUUCAAUGAAGCGAAUGCCGUUGAAAGCUCAAACCCACCUGAGGCAAAUGUUGCCCAUAGAGGUGGACGUGGAAGAUUUAACCACCGCGGUAGAGGACGCGGAAACCACCGUGGCUGUGGUCGUGGUCGUGGCAGGGGUUAUCUGGGCCCCUAG